AUGCUCGCACGCGUCCACCUCCCUUUCCUCGCCGUCCUCGCCUCUGCCCUCCUCGCCUCUGCCGCCCCCGUGAUCGACUGUGGCUGCACGUCCCCCUCCCCCACCAGCUCGCACGUCUCCACCAGCCCGCCCGUCCCCAGCUCCACUUACUCCCCGCCUUCGUCCUCGUCCUCCCACAAGUCCCACAAGACCUCCUCGUCCCACAAGACCUCUUCGUCUGCGCCCUCGCCGACUUCGAGGAGCCAGUCCCACGUCCCGACCUCGCCCUGGUCCACCCACCUCUGGCCCACUUCCAGCCCGUCUUCUGCCUCCACUGAGCCGUGCUCCUUCGCACCCAGUUCGAGCGCGUCCCACUCUACCCAGUAUCCGACGUCCUCCACGCCGCCCCCUUGGUCCUCCGCAUCCACCGCAGCCCCCACGAGCCCGUCCACUUACGCUCCGCCCACGUCCACGCCGAGCGCUCCUACCUCCGCGUCUGGCCCUCCGUCCUCUGCCUCUUGGCCCUCGUCGUCCUCCGCCUCUUGGCCCUCGUCUUCGCCAACCUCUUCUUCGCCAACCUAUUCUUCGCCAACCUCUUCUUCGCCUACCUCCUCUUCGCCUACCUCUUCUUCGCCUACCUCCUCUUCGCCUACCUCUUCUUGGCCAACCUCUUCUUGGCCAACCUCUUCUUCGCCUACCUUUUCUUCGCCCACCUCGUACUCGCCUACCUCUUCUUCGCCCUCCUCCACACCCUCGUCCAUCCCCGCCUCCCAAUGCAACACCGGCUCCAUUCAGUGCUGCGACUCGCUCCAGGACUCGUCCUCUCCCCAGGCCCAGAGCAUCCUCUCUUCCCUCGGUCUUCCGCUCGCCGACGCUGCUAACCUUGCUGGCAUUGGCUGCACUGCGGGCCUCGUUGGCGUCGGCGGCGACACUUGUGUCAGCGCCCCAGUGUGCUGCGAGGAUAAUAGCUUCCAGGGCCUCAUCAACCUCGGAUGCGUCCCCAUCAUUAUCUCCCUCUGA